CAAAUGACAGAGCAGAACAUGAUUCUCUCUCCCACAGCACUGCUGCCCCCACUGAGCUAGUGACCUCACUUGCUUUUUCUCUUCUUUUUUUUCUCUCUUUCUGUCUUUUUCUCCUCCUUUCCUAUCCUCCAUUUCACUUUCUAAUUUAUACUCUCAAAAACACACUGUUCAUCACUCUCUUCUCCGGUUAAAAAUCAAAAGCUCUUUUAAAAAUACUGUUUUUGAGCAUCUCCCUUUGGCCCCAUUUCAUAUCAAAGCUUACUUUUUUUUGGAUUCAAACCCAGAUAACUAGUAGGGUUUCUUCAAAUGCCCAGAGCUUGAAUCUUAAUCUUUUAGCUUUUCUUUUGGUUCCUCUUCAGAAAAGGAGCAAUGGGUGUAAUGGGCAAGAAUUUGUUGGUUUUGCUCCUUAUGUUCUUGCUGCUUUUUGGAGGUGUCUCUUCAGCUCCUUCUACUACUUCACCUGCAACAAAUCUCUUUUUUUGCCCUUGCAGAGAUUGUCAGUGGGUUAUUCUCUAAUGUGGCUUCUGCUUUUAUGAAAUGGUUAUGGUCUCUCAAAGCCACUACUAAAACAGCGAUUUCUGGCCGGCCGACGAUGAAAUUUGAAAGUGGGUAUACUGUUGAGACGGUGUUCGACGGAAGCAAGCUUGGGAUUGAGCCUUACUCUGUGGAGGUGUUGCCCAGUGGGGAGCUUCUAAUUCUGGACUCCGCUAACAGUAACAUUUACAGGAUAUCCUCUUCCCUGUCUCUAUACAGCAGACCUAAGCUAGUUGCUGGAUCCCCUGAAGGAUACUCUGGACAUGUAGAUGGGAAGACUAGAGACGCAAGGAUGAACCAUCCAAAGGGGCUUACUAUAGAUGACAGGGGAAAUAUCUAUAUUGCAGACACCAUGAAUAUGGCAAUCAGGAAGAUAAGUGAUGCAGGGGUUACGACAAUUGCAGGGGGGAAAUGGGGCCGAGGAGGAGGCCAUGUAGAUGGAGCAAGUGAAGAUGCAAAGUUUUCUAAUGAUUUUGAUGUGGUAUACAUUGGAAGCAGUUGCUCUUUACUUGUUAUAGACAGAGGAAAUCAAGCCAUUAGAGAGAUCCAACUCCAUUUUGAUGACUGUGCUUAUCAAUAUGGCAGUGGCUUUCCCCUUGGGAUUGCAGUCCUUGUGGCAGCUGGCUUCUUUGGUUACAUGCUAGCUUUGCUGCAACUUAGGGUGGGAAUGAUUGUUUCUUCUCAGAAUGAUCGGGAUGCAAUGAAAACAAGCACUGCAGCAAGUCCAUAUCAGAAACCUCUUAAAUCAGUCCGGCCACCUUUAAUUCCAACUGAAGAUGAACAGGAGAAGCAUGAAGAAGGCUUCUUUGGAUCCCUUGGCAAGCUUUUUGCCAAUGGUGGAGCAGCUGUUGUUGAAAUUUUGGGAGGAAUAAUUCCUGGGAUUAAAAAGAAGCCACUAAGCUAUCAAUACCAAAACCAGUCACAGAUGCAUUCAAAUGCUUGGCCAGUGCAGGACAGCUUUGUGAUAACAGAAGAAGAUGAGCCUCCUUCCAUCGAAACCAGAACGCCAACCCCAAGAAAAACCUAUGCAUUCAUGUCCAAGGAUGCUGAAAAGGUGCAUCAAUGGAGGCAAGGUCGAGCGUUCUAUAGUGGGUGGGAUGAUGAUAUCCACCACCAGCAGCAGCAGCAGCAGCAGCAGCAGCAAAAACAACAGCAUCAUCAUCGAUAUCAAUCUACAACCCCACAGACUUGCUAUGAGCAAAGCUAUGAGAAAACAAAGGAGAUAGUUUUUGGGGCAGUUCAGGAGCAGGAUGGGAAGCGUGAAGCUGCGGUGAUCAAGCCUGUUGAUUAUGGAAAUCCCAUUUACAAUCACCACAAUAUUCGCUCUAGAACCAAUUACGUGGGUUACAGUAAUGGGUAUUGAUAAUAUACAAAAGAGAUUUUGGAGUUAUAAGCUGAUUUGUCUAUUAUUAUUCCUUCAAAAUUUAGGAUAUACUUGGGAUCUAGAUUUUAUAUGAGAGAAUGAAGUACUAUUUGUGGAGCUGCCAUAAUGGCUUGAAAGGUUUGUCCUGUUCCAUAAAGUCACUCCAUUAGAACUGGUGGAAUGUAUCAAGCAAUCCCUUUCCUCCUUUGAUUCUUUUUGUCUCAUGCCAACUUUUCAUCUUCUCCCAAUAAUAAUAAUAGCUAGCUAGCUAGCUAGCCAAAGAAAAAAAAAAAAAAUCUAUUAUCAUUAUUUAAGAUUAGAAUAUCUCCUACUUUCAAUUUUAAUACUUUAUUUCAAAUAUAUGAAUAAAAUAAAAUAAAAUAUUUCGGUGGAUUUUCAAUUAACUCUCUCUCUCGCGAUAAAAGGAUUCAUCAAGGGGAAUUUUAUGAUUAAUGUUUUAUUUGAGUAAAUAAAUUAAAUAAUUACUUCUCAUUUUAAAUUGUUACCAGAAAUGCGAAUUACUUUUUUUUUUCAAUAUUAAUUAAAUGUUAUUUUAUGAGAUUCAUUUAUAAAUACAUAUCAUAAUUUUAUUAUUCAGAGUAGAUUAUGAUACUUGCAUAUUUUUUUCUCAAAUCAUCCUGUAAUAGCUUAUGGCUACCUUCUUCUGGGAACGGUCAUGGGGAUUUUAUUUAAUUCUAAACUGCGUCGUUUAAGUUUGUACGUACCUGUAGACAAAAAAAGUUCGUACGUGAAGUGAAGUGAAUCUCUAAGCCAUUUCGCGAUUUACCCUUGCAAACCCUAAACCCUUUGAUCGCAGCAGCCGCACCACUUAGAAUCCAGCACUGAAGUUUUCGUUCACCAUUUUUCUGUUUUAGUGAGUUCUAGCUUCUUAUUCUAUUGAGUUUCCAGUUAGAGAAGAUGGUGGUGAGGAUCCGAUUGUCGAGAUUUGGGUGCAAAAACAAACCAUUUUAUCGGGUCAUGGCCGCGGACAGCAGAUCCCCCAGAGACGGCAAGCACCUGGAAGUCCUUGGUUACUACAAUCCCCUUCCAGGUCAAGACGGGGGCAAACGGAUGGGUCUUAAUUUUGAGAGAGUGAAGUAUUGGUUAUCAGUUGGUGCUCAGCCCUCAGACCCUGUCCAACGCAUUCUUUUCAGAGCAGGGUUGCUGCCCGCUCCCCCAAUGGUAGCAAUCGGGCGUAAAGGUGGACCUCGGGAUACACGUCCAGUUGAUCCAAUGACUGGGCGUAUUUUGGAUUCGGAGAAGAUGUCCAAUGCUACCAAAUCAAAUGCUAGUGAAAGUGCGAAUGGAGCUGGAGCAACCACUACUUGAAACUUCCAGUUCUGCAGUUCCCAUAGUCUUCAUUUUUAAAGAGGAGCUUUUUAGGUGGGUUCUAAUGAUACAUUCACACUGUGAUUACUGGAAGGAUUAAUAUGGUGAAAAGAUGAACUCCCUGUGAACAUAAUGAGUGGUAACUAUUUUCAUUGAUGAAUUUCUUAUACGUCCUUGAAUAAGGUUAUUUAUCUAGCUUGGGUGAA